AGGAGGAGGAAAAGACAGGGGGUGGAGAGUAACACUGGAGAGCAGCAGUGGUCCAGCCCCUCAGAAUCUGUAAAGCAUCACAGGAGUGCCUGGAUAAAGACCAGCUUCAGGAGCAAGGCUAGGAGACAGAGGAUUUCUGCUCAGUGAUAAAACAUGAAACAGAUGUGAGGAAGCAGUAUGGAGCUCAAGAGAGGAAAGACCUUCAUAAAAUCCAGUGUGCAACAUGAGAAAGUGCCACCAGUACAUGCAGCUCCUACCAACAAAGAUGAGAUGGGCAGAGACAAAAAGGCAGCUCUGGAGGGAAACCAAAGUGUGGCUGAAGUCCAGCUGGCAUGUUUGGCCACACACAAGAACUACAGAUUUUCUACCAGAGCAGCAAGGAACGGGGCUGGUGGUCACAACCUGGAAAAAUCAUCUGGCUCCUCCUACAAGCUUGUAAGGAAGAGUAAAACCCAUGACUGCGUUGCUGAGGUGGACAAAGCAGAGAACUGCAGCCCCAGCAGCAGGGCUUGUGAGGAGGGCUUUGUUGGGAAGGGCAAGGGCCGACUUGUCAAUAGCAUCAGCUUUUCAGGGAUGUCCAGCUCCAGCAGUAAGAAGGAGUGUGUGGUCAGCCCCAGCCAGUCUGCGUGCAGCAGUCAGAUGAUCGAUUACAGGAACUUUGUGCCACAGAUGCCUUUUGUACCAGCUGUUGCAAAAACUAUUCCCAGGAAGAGGAUUUCCCUCAAGAGAUCUAAGAAAGGGCUCAGAGAUAUAUUUCAUAUAAGAAAAAAUAAACCAGACAGCUUCUCAUUUCUGGUGGAGAAGGACAAAAACCUAGCCUCUCCAGGCUGCAAGAGUGAGUUAUCUGGACGUCUAGCAAAGUAUCUUUUCAAAACUGGAGAAACUUGUGCAGCUGAUUGCUUGUCACAGGACUGCUCAGACAGUGAACUGCAGUCUGACUCCUCCUACGACUACUGCAAUGCCCUGUGUGAAGAUGUUGCCUCCCUGAAGAGCUUCGACUCCCUCACUGGCUGUGGGGAAAUCUUUGCUGAUGAGAGCUCUGCUCACCUGGAGCUGGAGAACAGCAAAGACCUUCUGCUGAGGCGAAGCAAGCACAAAGACAGCUCUGGCAUGGGCUCCUUCCAAGGUGGGGUGGAGCAGCUGGCCUCUCCUGGCCAGAAUGAGACAGUGGAAUUUGCAAAGUUUUGGGACAACAUCAACAAAUCAGUAAGGCUGCAUCAGAGUGCUCUCUUUGAAAAGAAGUUACUGAAGAUACCUGGCUCUGACACAGAAAAGGAUAGAAGUCAGGCUGCUGUACUGGUCACAGACCCCCAAGUGUCACCUGAUAAAGAAGGUGACAAUUCCAAAGCCAGCUCCACAGAAACAGAAACACCGAAAAGUGAAAACCAGGAAUCCACAUCCACGAGUGAUGAAGGCUACUAUGAUUCAUUCUCUCCUGGACAAGAUGAUGAACUGAAGGAAGCUCAGACCCCUGGUGUCCCAGGUAGAUUUCCAAGAGACAGCUACAGUGGAGAUGCCCUUUAUGAGCUCUUCUAUGACCCAAAUGAAGUCAAAGUAAACCCUAUCCUUGAUGAUGACUUGUGUGCCUCUGAAAGUGUUUCAGAGCAAGCCAUUGAAAUCCCUUUGUCCAUUUACAGCUUUCAUGUUGGAGCUGAGGAGAACAUGGCUUCUCAACCAACUCUAGACAUCAUUAGCCAGGGUUUUUUUCACAGCACAUGGAAAGGCAAAGAAUGUUUGCUAAAGCUCUGUGAUACUGAGCUUUCACUGACCAUGGGGAUAAUAAACUGGCUACGAAAACACUCGGGACUCAUCCCCUCCCCUGACUCCCUUCAGAGUCCUCAACCACAGCCAGAAAAAUCUAAUGAUUCAUUGAUCCUGUCCAGUCACAGUCCAGAGCAGAAAGGGAGCACAGAAGCUCAGCAGGAGGCACCAGGCAAGGGUGAAUCUAAUACAUUUAAGGUAUAUAUGCCGUUGGAGCAAAGCAAACGUGCAACCCAGGCCUCUUCAGUAAACAUUGCUGGAAGAGACGACAACCUGGACUCAUCUGAUCUGGAUUUCCAAGGAAGAGAAGGGAGUCACCACACGGACUUAUCUACAGUGCCCGGGACUGUGGAAACCACCAGAUCAUCAAGUUAUGCACCACAAUCACAGGCUAACAGAGACAAUCUGCAGACAUCUUCAACUGAAAAUGAGAAGGUAGCAGUUUCCCUGGGAUGUGAGACAGCCCGAGAUAAAAACCCAGUGCCAGAAAAGCUGAACAGAGACAGUGGCUCCCAAAGCUCUGAAAAUCCUUCAUUAGAUGAUAAUCAGGAAGUAGAAUCAUGUUACUCCUACAAGACUGCUGCGACCUCACUCCGAGAUCCCCUUGAGAGGGAAGACAGAAAUAAACUAAUGUAUCACUCUAUUUCCUGUGACAAACCAGCGCAGCCUCUAACCCUCAAUCACUUCCAGAGCUACAUGAGCCCCACACCAACAGAGAGCAGCACUAACAUAGUGCAGCUCUUAGAGCACUGUGUAACACAGGUGGCAUCAUUAAAAAUCAGCUAUGAAAACAAGCACCUGGAAGACAAAUACAUUGGGAAUGAAAUGAACAGUAUCAUUCAUAAGAUGUCUCAGUACAAAAACAAGUUAUUGCUGCACAAUGAAUGCAGCUGCAUUGCUCAAAUUCCAGAAUAUCCCCUCAUUCCUAGCACAAACCAAUACAACUAUGAGACAAGUUUCCAGUCUAGCAGUCUGUAUCAUUUGAAGCCAAAUGGGGAGCAAAUUUGCUCUGAAGAUCAGAAAAGCAGAGCAAAAAUCCUAGAUGAGGUUACUCAAAGCAAGAUCAAUUUUGAAUAUGCCCAGCUGAAUAAUCAAGCACUCUCCUAUUUAAAGGACUUUGGUCUCAGUCCAAGUGACUCUAGCCCUGAGACAUCUCUUAGUAGACCAACAUUUUUACCUCUCUUUAACUCUGUCUGCCCAGACAUAGCUGGUACCUUCUCACAGGGCUCACACAGCACGGCUGUCUGUCUGUCUGACCCUCUGCAGCCUGAGGAGGCCAAGCAGUGCAGCCCAGGACCCUGGAACUGUGCAGAGAACCCCUGCCAUGGCCUGGCUGCAGGGACUGCUCUGUCCCCUCUCCUAGAGGCAGUGGCUCGGGAUACAGCUUUGACAGCCAGGAACCACCAGUGACACACCCGCAUGGAGAAGGUGCAACACUGAAGAAUAUGUUUCUAGAAAUGGAUGCACCCCCAACACAGCAUAGCAUGGCAGUUCCAUGACACUAUACCAAGACCAGAAUCAACAAGGGUUUCUCUCUGGAGAUCUCACCAGAAGUUUUACAGCAGAAAAUCAUGCCAGUCUGUUGGAAUGACAGGCACACUAAGGAAUUCUGGACAACCACACGCCCCUUAAACCAUAGUUGCAGAUGGCUGGUAACUAAUACUCUUUUUUAAAAAUAAAAACAAACCCAAGUUCAGUAGGAUUGUGAAAAUAUUCAUGUCAUGAUAAGGUUUAAGAAAAAAAUGAUAGCAUACUUCUGUCAUAUCAUGCCACACAACAAUUGAAAAUACCACUAUAUUUUUAAAACACAGGUAUGUGCAGAAUGAGCUUUCAUUUGGGAAGCUGUUAUGAAGAGGUAAAAUAGUUUCCUGUUGUACUAAUUUUUCUUUAAUUUUAGAGAAAAGCUUUAUAUAUUUUAUGGUAACAAAGCCACAAGGUUCUAAUGCAGAUUACACUGGUAUGGCAAGAUACUGCCUAGGAAAAGGUAUUUUUUAAAAAACAAAAAUUAUUAGGAAGCAGAAUAUAGUACACUCUAUAUUGUCCAAAAAUGUGUGUUUAUCUUAGCAGAAAUUGUGAAUAGAAUGAGUUAUAUGUGAAAAUCACCAUCAAAAAGAUAAAUUGAUUCCAUUGUAAAUGAGAGAAAACAGUUCUUAAUAUUCAUCAUAACAGCUGCACUUAACCUUAUCUGAAGUUUUCCUUUUCUAAUGGAAAAACUGUUCUCAAGGUACUAGACAAUAUAUGCUGUUAACCCAGUUUUCUUUUUCUUUUUUUUUUUUUUUUUUUUUUUUUUUUUUUUUUUUUUUUUUUUUUUUUUUUUGUGGCUUUCUUGGAGUUAGUUUAAGUCAUUUUCAUACCUCAGUUUGAUCCUGGUCUUGGCUGUCUUAUAUUUUGAGAAUAAAUGGGAAAAACUGCUAUGCUUUGUAGAUGAAACCUGAUGAUUAAAUGGUCCCCUGCGGCCAUGGUGUGUUUAUAGAGAUCUUUACAACCUCUUUGUUAGUAUCCUGCCUUGGACAGUAUUUAGGGGUGGUAUCUUUGCCCUGAGAUUUGCUGUCAUGGGGAAAAGUGGAAGAAGGAUAUGAGGCUGGGAACUGCAGCAAGGGAAAACUACCUUAGAUUAGAUGCCUGAAUUUUUAUGUCAAAAGUUAAUUUCUACCUUAGAUCAUUAAUAAUGUAAAGAAUAUAUAACGACAGUAUUGAAGAGAUUGUCUGCAUUUUGCAGAAUCUGGGUUUUAAAAUGCAUGAUAUAGCAGGACUAGGAAGCUAUAAAGUGAAAUCACUUCCCCUAGCUAUGGAGCUUUUUCAGUAUUACUCGACACUUAUGAAGAGGAAAGCUUCCCUCUCCAAUGCUCCAAGACUGCCAGCAUAAAUCAACUUUGAGAAUGUACUCGUUUUAAGUAUCUCCUGAAAAUAUAGAUUAUAAGCAUCUAAGACCCUCUUUCAUGGAACACAACAGUAUUUCUGAAGACUGCUUUGAAAUUGUCAUUUAACCUACAAAAGCCUGAAAUGCCAAGGAAUUCGUCAUACAGGCAUUUUCCCCUAAAAUACUAAGAGAUAUAUUAGAAUUGAGCUAACCAAAUAAUAAUAAACAUAGGGCUUAAUAUUCCAGCAAUAGACAGUGUGCACAAGAAUUAAUUGUUCCUCACACAAGUGAUCCCUUUCCUUUUGCAAUUACCACAGUAGCCUCCUUCAGCUCACCACCAUCCCUUGUAAUGAAGAGCCCAGAACCUCGAGGCAGAAUUUAUUCUCCUUGCAGCACACUAACAUCUCUUCCCUGGGUUUCAGGCUGAGUAACUGACUUCAUGGAGGAAAACAAAGGCAACAGGAAGAAAAAAGUAAUCGUGCUCCCACAUACUAAAGGAGACAGUAUUUCAGUGGAGACUAUUCUUUUUCCCACCCUACAGGCACAGAGCAACAAAUGAUUUGUCUAACUUUAUUUACCUCCAGGGUGUCUUUCCAGCUGCUGCUCUUCUCCCUCUAAGCCCAGCUCAUCUGUAACAGCUAACCAGCCUCGCCUGCUGCUGUCUGCAAACCAGAGGGAAAAGGUGCAGACAAGACAGAUAACUUUUAGUGCUCUUACGUAGGUUCAGCAUUGACAUAAAUAGCCUGUCCAGGUCCCUCUGGAUGGCAUCCCUUCCCUCCACCAUGUUGAUUGCUCCAUAUAUCUUGGUGUCACUGGCAAACUUGCUGAGUUGCACUUGGUCCCGCUAUCCAUGUUAAAUAGGGUCAGUCCCAAAGCCAGCCCUGGAGGAAUGUCCCCUGUCACUCUUCAAUUGGACAUCAAGCUUUUGGCCACCACACUUUGAGCAUGACCACCCAGCUACUUCCAUACCCACUGAGUGGUCCUUCCACUUUCCAGUUAAAAGCCAAGGAUGUCACGUGGGACAGGGUCAAAUGCUCUGCACAGGUUCACAUAGAUGUGACUUGCUCUCCCCUCAUCCACUAGUGCUGUAACACCACCAAAUUUGUCAGGCAUGAUUUGCCCCUCAGUGAAGUCAUCACUUCCAAUGUUUUCUACAUGCCUUAGCACAGUUUCUACAAUGAUCUGUGCCAUGACCUUGCUGGUCACAGACUGACUGGUCUGUAGUUCUCCAAAUCUCCUUUUUUUCCCUUUUUAAGGAUGAGUGUUAUGUUCCCCCUGUUACAAUCAUUGGGAACUUCACUGGACUGCUGUGACUUCUCAAAUAUGAUUGAUAGUGGCUCAUCCACUUCUUCCACUACUUGCCUUAGGACCUGCAAAUGAAUCUUGUCAGAUUCCAUGUUCCUUUGCACCUUCAGGUGGCUUAGAUGUUCUUGAACAUGAUCUCCUGCUACAGUGCACAGCUCUUCAUUUUCCCAGUCCUUGCCUUUGCCCUAUGAGACUCAGCCAGUGUGGCUGGAACACCUGUUGGUGAAAACCAAUGAAAAAAGUUCUGAGCAACUCAGCCUUCUCUGCAUCCUGAGUAACCAGGCAUAAUGCUUCCUUCCAGACAGGGCUCAUUGUUUCCCUAAUCUUUCUUUCAUCGCUGACAUACCUAUGGAAGCUAUUCUUGGUGCCCUUCAUGUCCCUGACCAGAUUGAAUUUUAUCAGGACUUUAACUUUCCUCACCUGAUCCCUGUCUGCUUGGACAGUGCUGGUGAGGACAAUUUCUCUGUAUUGCUACCAGACUUUUUCUUGCUUCCAUCCUCAUUGACUUAUUUUUUUUGUGUUUGUUCAGGAUCUUCUUGUUCAUCCGUGCAGGCUUCCUGGCCUUUUUACGUAAUUUCUUCUUUUUAGGGUUGCAUUUUCCUGAACUUGGAGAUUACCUUUGAAUAUCAAUCAGCUUUUUUGGACCCCUCUUCUCUCCAGGGCUUUAUUUCAUGGUAUCCUAGCAAGCAGAUCCCUCCUUAAGAGGCAAAAAUCUGCUCUCCAGAAGUUCAGGGUAGUGAUCUUGCUGUGUGCAGCCUCCUCACACUUGCACCAUGACACUCUAAGCUCCUGGGUUCAAUCCAUGCUGCCAAAAGAAAACUGUGGAUCUGCAUUACACACCAUGGAAAAAAUGCUUGUGGGUAGUAUGUUCUAGUCUGUUCUGGUUCUCCCAGUGGAGUUUAAUGGUUGCUGAUGCAAUGUUGGGGAAAGCUCAAAAAAUCUUCAGGGCUUAAUAAAUCUCAAUUUAAAGAACCAAUGGAAAAUUCCCUUCCUCGAGGUUGUAUUAAAUAAGGUCUUACUAAGAUUGUCUGUACAUGAGUUUAAAGGAGAAUCUUUUAUUUAAACUUGUUAUAUUAGCCAUGCAACACCUCUUUAACAAAUGAAGACAGGCUGGUGAAAUUAAUAUGAAUUUUAAAUAUUCACUGCACGUAAGUAUUCAAUAACUCAUGCAGUAUGUAGCUGUGAGAGCACUUUUCUUCACCUGCAUUCAGACUAACAUACUGUCAUUCCCCUUUGGUGUUAGAUGGAUUUUUUUAACUUUUCAAAUGAUGUAACAGAAAAUUUAAGAUUAAAUAUGUAAACUUUUUCAGAUUUUUGUGGGUACAAAACUUCAAAGCAGCUUGCAUGAAACUGUUCACCUACUUCCUGUCCUGAUUUUGCAAGACUGGAAGCAGUGACCGGUUGUGUCUAGACAAAGAUCAGAAUAAUAAUUAAAAUAAUAAUACCAUUAUGCUGAAGACAACCUCCUAAAAGGAAGAGAGGGUUUCCCCCUCCCCUCAUCUUAUGGUUCAUCAAAAUGUAAGAAAAAUUAUUCUGGAAAAAUUAUUUAAAAUAAAACUAUAUUCUCCUCGAGACAUCAGUUCUUGACAUUCCUUCUUUUAAUGCAGAAUUCAUUGAAUUCCCAGUACAAAGACCAGGUACCUGAGUACCCUUAACAAACCCACAUGUGCUGCUAUGAGUGGAGAGAGCACUCACCCCUUUAAAAAACUGCAGUGCAAAUAAUCUCAUACUAGUAAAAUUGUCUGAAAAAAAUGUAGGAAGAAAUACAUGAAUUGUCAUGUAAGUGUUCCUUCCAAAAGCAAAGUAUUAAAACAGCAGUCAGGUAUCCCAGUCAGAUGUAAAGGAUGGGAACUUAGGCACAAGCCCCAGAGCAAUACUUUGCUUCACUCAUAAUAUUCCAUUGUUCUCAGUAAGCUGGAACAUUUGGUGGCAGGAUUUUGGAAAUGCUGACAUUUUACAGUAAAUGCACAGGAUGCACAAUAAAGUUGCAGGUAAAUGAGGAAUAUUUAAGAGAGAACAAUAUUACAUAUUCUGACUUCUACUUAAGGAAAAGAAUAAAACUUCUUGAUCAACAAUGUAUAUGCAUGGUACAUAUAUAUAUAAAAUAAUAAUAAUAAGUGUGUAUAAACACACUUUAAAAAAAGAUUUGUGCAAACUUAAGUUCAAGAAUAGGGAAGAAAUCUCAAGCAGGUACCUUUUGAAAAUCUGAGUAGCAGAUUAAUAAAGUUUCAGUACAAACAUGGUUUAUUAUGUAACUAAGAUACAUGCAUUUAUAUGCUGUUUAACCUAUUUUGUUAAUUAUUUUUCAUAUGUCAUAUCUAAUGUACAUAUGCUUUAUGUAUUAUAUUUUAGUUACCAUAUUCUACAUUGCAUAUUAAAGUCACUUGGAUUCAA